GUUUCGGGGCGUGGCCAGAGAUGACUGAAGCAGUCUCAGGUAGAAACCGUCCAGGCAAACACACAGGACGCAACCAUGGUCGGCAGCAUUCAUGAGUAACAGGUAGAUUCAGGUAGAAUAAGGUAGAAUAAGGUGGAAUAAGGUGGAAUAAGGUAGAAUAAGGUUUGCUGGUUCGUGUUUUAAGAGCUUCUGUCUUCAUUAGAGGAUCUUUGUUCCACACUCAGGUGUGUUACUCCGUCAUCAUGCGGAGUCUACCUGCGGCCGUCCUCCUGCUCUCUCUGCUCAAAGCGUCGGUGUGUAUUCAGGUGAAUGUCCCUCAGCUGGAGCGCAGCACAGCUUUGUUUGCCUCUGUGGUCCUCCGCUGUGACUACUCCACCUCUGCAAACCUCCAAGAUGUCCUAGUUACCUGGAGGUUCAAGUCCUUCUGCAAAGACCCCGUCCUGGAGUAUUACUCCACAGCGUACCAGUCUGCCCUCCAGCUGGGUCAGGACCCGUCCAAUGACUGUCCGGAUCGUCAGCGGACAGUUCGCACCGUGAUCCAGAAGAGAGGAAGCAGCGAGCCGACACUGGGGUCAGAGUACCGCGAACGAAGGAUCACCAUUCAGAACAGUGCUGACCUGGUGAUCAAUGAGGUGAUGUGGUGGGACAACGGGGUUUACUUCUGCUCUGUGGACGCUGCAGGAGACACGACUGGAGACUCUGACAAAGAAAUCAAACUCAUCGUUUACCACUGGCUGACUGUGUUGUUCAUCGUGAUCGGAGCCCUCCUCCUGAUCCUGCUCUUCUGUAUCUGCUGCUGUCAGUGCUGCCCUCACGUGUGCUGCUGCUACGUCCGCUGUCCCUGCUGCCCUCAGCAGUGCUGCUGUCCCGAAAAAGCCGUCAUGCAGCAUCGGAUGAUGAAGGAGGCUCAGAGAGCCAUGGCUCCCUGGGGUGCAGGCCAGCCGAUCUAUGGACCAAUGAGCCAUGCCUCCUCACAGAUGAACCCACUGCUCUAUGCAGGAUCUGCGUCGGGUAAGAGCUUCCCGAUGAAGCCCAUGCCUCUUCCUCCUCCUCAGUCGUCAGCUUACAGCAUGCCUCCUCCCAGUGUCCAUGGCAACCACACACCUGCCAGCACCAAUCAGAUGCUUGAUUACCUGGAGGGCCAGGUGAGAGGGAUGGACAUGGCCACCCCCUUGCUGCAGUCUCAGCCUCUUCCACCGCAGCACAUGCAGCCAAUGCAGCCUAUGCAGCCCAUGCAUCACAUGCAGCACAUCCCUCAACCCCAACACCUUCAGCAGAUGCCUCCUCCGCAGAACAUCCGCAGCAACAUCCCUUUCUCCCCUGGCCCUCCCAGUAUGAUCUCUGCCCUGGACGAAGGCCCAACAGAGCGCCGUGUCAUCACACUCCCACCAAUCAGAGAGCCGCAGUCAAGCAGAAUGCCCCCUGCCCCUCCGAAGACCCGCCCCCCUAGCUCCAGUGAGAGCAGCCGCAGUGGGUUCGGACGCCCUGAUCGAGGAGCGGCUGCCAGGCGUUACCCCUCGCCCCCCCGGUCCAGAGGGAUCCCCAGGAGCUACAGCGAGGAGUCGCUGGAUGGGCGGAGUCGCAACGGGGCGAGAGGAGGAAUGGAUCGACCCCGGUCCAGGUCUAGGGAUGAUCUGUUUGACAGCAGGUCCAGAGGAAAGUAUUCUCCCCCAGCAAGCCAUCGCUCUCGAGGAGGGUCCUGGAGCUCUGAUGAUGAGGCCAGCAGCAGGAGAGAUGGAAGGAGAGGAGGUGGAGGAAGAGGAGGAGGCGGAGGAGGAGGCUGGAUCGACAAACCUCCCAGCUACGCUGAGUUCGAACCUGGACAGAAACCAGGAGCACGGAGGAACGAUCGCUACUCCGACAAGAGUUAUCGCAGUGGCACCAGCGUCGUCAUCUGAACCCGUCCUGCUUUGAAACGCCCUGUGACCUCUGUGUCAGAGAACAGACUCAAACCGUCUCCUCUGGUGUCUUAACGUGAGUCCUGAAGGAGAUCCUGUGUCGCUGCUUGGAUGAAUGAAAGCAGACUGAAGGAUCAUAAAGUUUGAGAUGAUUAUAAAUGUGAAAGUGUUCCUGAGGAGCAGGUCUUAAAGGUUGAUGUGAAAGAGGAGAAUAUCGGGUCUUGAUUUUUGAUGCUCUGAUUGAAUUGAACAGAGACUACUGAGCAGCUGUGUGGGUUAACAUCGCCCCCUGCUGGUUCAUAAUGUAAUGUCUAUGUUCUGUGGACAGAUGUGAAACCCCUCCUCCCUGUAUGUCGUGUAAAAUAGUUUCUUGUUUAGCAGAAAGUUUAUCUAAUAUUUGUUUAAGCCAUAAAAACCUGAACAAGAGUAUCAGGAAGUAACGCUCAGGGCCAGAGAGUAGAAGAUAUUUUAUAAAGUCUGAAAGAACGUAAACCACGUUCUGAAAUGAGAAACGAGUCUUAGCUUUUUAAAAGUUGUGAAUAAGUUGUGUUGAUGUCUGAAGGAAAUGUGUGUGUGUUCAGACAGAUUUAGAGUUUAAACCUUUUGUACAUAAGAUGUAAUAUUUAUCCCGGCUCAUUGUAAACACUGUAAAUAAAUAACCUACAGCAUGUAAACAUCAGGAACAAGAUGUCAACAAAGUUACAGGACCAAAGGUUUUAUGUUAAACUCUGUGUUCAGCUGGAGGAGUCUGUCAGGUUUAUUCAGUCAGCCCUUUGCUUCUUCAGUAUUUUAUGACAGUUACUCACAAAGCAAAGAAGUGAAGUCAUUGAGCCUCUAACUGGUUUUAAGGAUUGUGAAUGUCUCGUGUUUUAAACUGUACAGUCAGUGUGUGUUUUUAAUAAACGUGUUACCUUUU